AUGUCUGUCACUCUAGGAAACCCGACGGUUAAUUCCCAUCUGAAUGUCCUUGGACGAGAAGCAUCAGACGACUUGGUAGUAUUCCGUCUUUACCACUACGACCCAACACUAAUAGGCGCUAUUGUCUUUGUCCUUCUUUUUCUUGGCACUAGUUUGGUCCACGUGUGGCAGCUGUAUCGCUCUCGGUGCUGGUUUGCUAUUCCGCUAAUCGUGGGCGGCCUAUUUGAGGUCAUUGGAUAUGCAGGACGUUGCGUGUCGAGUAAAGAGAGUCCAAAUUGGACUCUGGGUCCAUACAUCAUCCAGGCAAUCCUACUGCUCGUGGCCCCAGCCUUAUUUGCAGCAACUAUCUACAUGGAAUUGGGCCGCAUUAUGAUCCUAGUUCGGGGCGAGGAUAGAGCCGUGAUCAGAAGAACAUGGCUUACCAAGGCCUUCGUCGGCGGUGACAUACUCUCCUUUUUCUUGCAAGGUGGAGGUGGUGGAUAUCAAGCAAGCGGUACACUGGAGGCUCUGAAAAUGGGUUCAGACAUCAUUAUUGCCGGAUUGUUUGUGCAGCUUCUAUUCUUUGGAGUGUUUCUCGUCGUUUCUGUUCUUUUCCAUCGCUCAAUCGUCCGGAUACCUACCAGCCACUCCGCAAACCCCAACGUCCCAUGGAAGCGGCACCUGAAAGUUCUCUAUCUAACCGGAACGUUGAUCAUGGUCCGAUCCAUCUUUCGAGCCGUCGAAUAUUUGCAGGGAUUUAAUGGGUAUCUGUUACGACAUGAAGCAUAUCUUUAUGUCUUCGACGCCGCUCUAAUGCUUCUUGUCAUGAUAAUAUUCAAUUUCAUUCAUCCCGGAGAGAUAAUGAUGGCAUCUGGAUAUGAUCAACCCAAAUCUGAUGGAGAGAUUGAGCUCAUUAGUCAGGGCCGUCACGAACAUGUGCCCGAGGUCUUCGAUUUCAAACUCUACAGAUACAAUCCUUCCUUGCCCGCAGCGGUUACAGCAGUGAUCGUUUUCACCAUUCUCACAGUCUUACAUGUUUGGCGUUUAUACAAGGCUCGAGCGAGAUACUUCAUUGCUUUUACGCUUGGAGGGGCGUUUCAAUCGGUCGGAUAUGCGGGCAGAAUAUGGAACCACUACGAUGAAACCUCUAUUGGAGGCUUCGUCAUGCAAGCUAUUCUCAUCCUCGUCGCGCCAGCGCUCUACGCCGCCUCGAUAUACAUGAUCCUUGGCCGUCUCAUCCGAACACUAAGAGCGUCUGAUCUAUCUCUCGUCCCGCCCAAAUGGGUCACUCGAAUAUUUGUUGCGGGAGAUGUUGUAGCCUUUUCCCUCCAAGCGGGAGGGGGCGGCGUUCAAGCGGCCGGCACAUUGGAACUCUACAACAUUGGCGAAAAGAUCAUCAUCACAGGUCUCUUUGUUCAAAUCGCCUUCUUUGGCUUCUUCGUCAUUACUUCCAUCUUGUUUCACCAUCGCCUCAACUCCCGGCCCACUGAAAUGGCAUUGACAGGAAGUGUGCCCUGGAGACGAUACUUGUACGUGCUCUAUGCGACCAGCCUAAUCAUUCUAGUUCGAAGCAUCUUUAGGGUCGUGGAGUAUCUCCAAGGAAAUGACGGGUAUCUCAUCUCACGCGAGGUUUUCCUCUACAUUUUUGAUACCAUUCUCAUGGCUGUAGUGAUGCUGAUAUUCCUGCUGUGGUAUGUGCAGCAUCUGGAGCAACAGAAAGCUCUGGAGCAAUUGGAGUUGAGCAGCUCGUAA